UGCGAGAAAUCUUACUCUUUCAUCGGAUAUCCGAUGAGUAACGUGUGCCCUUUGAUAAGCCCUUCCAAUACAUCCCACGUAUCCACUUCAUUUGUGCGGCUGUUCGUGAUAUACCGUGCACGAUGUUUUCCAGAAUGGUGGAGCUGGCUACGAGCACUCUUUCAAAGUACUUCAGCAAAAGACGCGCAUUCUUCGUGACGUUAACCAUUUUCACUACGAUGGGUAUAUACUCCCUUGCAGUCGGUGUUUGGCUGUAUCUGAAACGCACUGACUUCUACGAACUAACACCGACAUCUUUCUCAGCUUUUUCUACGGCUGGUCUGUGCUGUUCCACUGGAGUCGCCGUAUGUAUCAUUUGCACUGUGGGCUGGAUCGCAGCUACUGCAUACAAUCGCCGUCUUUUGCUGACGUACAUCGGGUUUGUUGUUCUUCUGGCUGUUAUCCAGAGCAUCACAGGUGCUCUUGGUUUGUCUUAUAAGGAAGCGGCCCGUGAACACGUUCGCACGGACUUAUUCCAAAAUAUAAAUCGUUCUGCUCUGGUGACCAGUCAAGGUGUUUUCGACUUGACCGCUUCAUGGGAUAAGCUGCAAAAAUCGCUGAAAUGCUGCGGUGUUAACAACUCAUCCGAUUGGCAUUAUGCACAACGUUGGCCUUCACAGGAGUUCGUUCCUGAUAGCUGUUGCAAUCCCAAACACUUCGUGGAUGUUACUUCAAUGGGAAAUUGUGGAAAGAUCGCCAACAGCACUAUUUUGUAUCAACAGGGAUGCUUUGAAGUGUUUGCCGACUGGCUUUAUCAUCACGUUGCUGUGAUGAAUUGGAUCUCCCUCACUUUACUCAUUGUUGAGAUAUCUUCCUUGAUUAUAGCGGUUUUCAUGGCGAAUUCGGAGGCUUUCUUUGAAGGUUCUUCGGGAAAAAGUCGGGACGAGUACCAUCGCUGCUUGGUCGAAUUGAAUGAAAUGGAUGCCAGGGACCUUCGCAUGCAGCCUAACGAUAGAAUCGGUGAUGCUCGUCAGGAUCCGUUGGACAACAUUCUUUAAUUGUGUGCUCUGUAUUUGACCUCCUGGACGCUUGUGCUUCACACAGCGGGUUUCUGCAUUUGUCGAUUACUUCUACUUAUCUGUUUGUAUGCUAUCUUUGGCUCAUAAUAAUCGAACUACCACUGAAUUACUACGUGUGUACCGCUGAACUGUUGUUUUUUUUUUUCUGAGCGGUUUUUUCUACGGUUUUCCUCAUAAGGCAGCAAUCACAUCCGGUUUUAAUCAUGUAGGGCAGGUAUGAAACGCAUUACCGGUACGGCUAAUCUUUAAGAUUAUAAUAUCAAGGAGUGUCACUAUACUUAUGUACAAUACACUCAGGUUUUCACGGUCAAUGUUCAUCGAUCGUUAUAUAUCUAGGUGAAGAUGUGCAUUCGAUUUUGAGGAAUGUAGGAAUAGUUUGUAUCUAGUAUUUAAUACGUUUCUUUUCUAUAGUAUUUGUGUUGUUGACCAGAUAGAUUCCUCUAUAAAAUGUCUCGAUUGCAUCGCUGUGUAGUGUCCGUCGGAAAGGUCAGAUCUGUGGAAGCUGAUCCUGAUUCGCUUUAUACAAAGAUCUCGGAUUACCACACUCUAUCUGCAAGGCGCAAAAUGGGUGCACUGUAUUCCAAAAGUGUGAGUCGAAUGUCGAUAUUUGGGGAUUCUGUGGAAUCCGCUCUGAGAAAAGAAAUGGAUGACCAAAAAAUACACUACAAGCCCGAAAGUCUAGAUGUUCUCAUGCAAGAGACACAUUUUUCGAAGUAUGAGUUGAAAUAUCUAUAUCAGUGCUUCAAACAGAAUUGCCCCAGUGGCUUUGUUUCACGACAUCAAUUUAUCCAGAUAUUUAGGUCCUUCUUCAGUAUACAUAGACUUUCCGAUGCUUCGCAAUAUGCAGAGCUUGUUUUCAAUACCUUCGAUGAUGACCGCAACAACAGGAUCAGCUUCUCGGAAUUCGUUGUGCAAUUGUCGUUAUUCUCGAAAGGGUCAUUGGUUAUGCGUCUGGACUGGUUAUUCGACUUAUAUGAUUGCAAGCAUAGAGGAUAUCUUAUGGAAGAUGACUAUCUUGCCGUUUGUAGAGCCAUGUUUGCUUUGGUUGGUGUGCACUACUUCAAGGAUAAGCACAUCCCUGUUCCGCUACGACGUCAUAUUAGACGUCAGUUCUUGAAACUGGACAAUAAUCGUGAUGGCAAAAUAACGCGAGAUGAGUUUAUCACAGGUUGCCUUUCUGAUACCAAAAUCAUUUCAUCAAUGGAAGCGUUGAAGACGGUUUGGUAGCGGCAAGUGCAAAAUGUUAUAAAUAAACUUUGUUGAGCUGAUCUGUUAGGCACCUUAGCAUAGUAAAUAUUGUGAC